CAGAUUUAGGGAAGAAUCAGAUUUCUUUUCAUUCUUUCUUUGCGGAAAAGUCACAGUCUCCUCCCCUUCUGAGAUAUCCUCAGCCAGCUAAAAAGUCAGCCUGAAGCCCCCCUUUCCACGUUAACAAAAAUUCCUUUAUAACCAGAGACUUGUCAGUCAAUGAAAGAAGCGUACAAGAGAGGAAGUAGAAGUCCCAGGCUGCAGUGCACCAGUGUAACAGUUAAUCUCCUGCAAAUAUGAUUUUUAAUAGUCUCGUAGUUUGGUUACAAUUUUUAAUCCUGUGUGUGUCCUCUGAUUCCGGACCGUUGGAAGAUGUGGUCAUAGACCGAUAUGAAAUCCCUAAAACCUGCCCGAGAGAAGUGCAAAUGGGAGAUUUUGUAAGAUACCAUUACAACGGAACUCUAAAGGAUGGACAGAAGUUUGAUGCCAGUUAUGACAGAGGGAUUGCUGUUGCAGGAUAUGUAGGUGUGGGCCGUCUUAUCACUGGUUUGGACAGAGGGAUUCUGGGUAUGUGUGUGAACGAGAGAAGAAAACUAGUUGUACCCCCACACCUGGGAUAUGGGAGCAUAGGCGUGCCCGGCAUGAUCCCUGCAGAUGCUACUCUCUACUUUGACAUCAUUUUGGUAGAUGUGUGGAACAAGAAAGAUGAGGUGCAGAUCACCACUCUAGAGAAACCCAGCCAAUGUAACAGGACGGUUGUGGACUCUGACUUUGUCAGAUACCAUUAUAAUGGCACGCUCUUGGAUGGAACAUACUUUGACUCAAGCUACAGUCGUUCUAGCACAUAUGAUACGUACGUGGGGUCAGGAUGGCUUAUUAAAGGCAUGGAUCAAGGUCUACUGGGCAUGUGCGCUGGAGAAUUAAGGAAAAUAAUUGUUCCACCAUAUUUGGCCUAUGGAGAAAAGGGAUAUGGAACUGUCAUACCACCACAGGCCUCCUUGGUGUUCACUGUUCUUCUGAUAGAUUUCCACAACCCCAAAGAUGGAAUUACUGUGCAAAAUCAAGUUCUCCCCCAGCUCUGUAAGCGCAAGGCGGUUACAGGAGACUAUGUUCGUUACCACUACAAUGGCACCUUAAUGAAUGGAGUGUUAUUUGAUUCAAGUUACUCCAGAAAUACUACAUACAACACCUAUAUUGGAAUGGGGUAUAUUAUUCCAGGUAUGGAUGCUGGCCUACAAGGUGUUUGCAUAGGGGAGUGGAGGAAAAUAAUCAUCCCACCACACCUUGGAUAUGGGGAGAAUGGCGUAGGUGAUAAUAUUCCUGGAUCUGCUGUCUUGGUUUUUGAUGUCCAUGUGAUUGACUUCCACAAUCCAAAAGACUCUGUAGAUAUAGAGGUGACUUACAAGCCAGAAGAGUGUAACAUUACUGCCAAAAAGGGUGAUUUCAUCAAGUAUCACUACAACUGCUCCCUGCUGGAUGGAACCUUGCUCUUCUCAUCGCAGGACUUUGAAAAUCCGCAGCAGAUCUCCGUAGGAAUGAAUAAAGUUAUAGAUGGCCUUGAUAUGGGUCUUCUGGGGAUGUGUGUUGGAGAGAGACGGACGGUCCUUGUGCCCCCACAUCUGGGUCAUGGAGAGAGUGGAGCCCGUGGUGUACCCCCAAGUGCUGUAAUGAAGUUUGAUCUGGAAUUGCACCAUAGAGAAGAAGGAAUCCCAGAGGGUUAUCUGUUUAUCUGGCUUGGUGACACUCCUGAAAAUCUCUUUGAAGUAAUGGACCUAAACAUGGAUGGAGAGGUUCCUUUGGAAGAGUUUUCCACUUUCCUGAAGGCUCAGGUAGAUGAAGGAAAGGGUCGGUUUCUACCAGGAGUAGAUCGCGAGAAGUCUAUUGCAGAUAUGUUCAUUAACCAGGACCGCAACAAAGAUAAUAAGAUCACAGCGGAUGAGCUGAAACUGAAGACUGAAGAGGAGGCAGAGCGAGUUCACGAAGAGCUGUAGGAAGCUCCGCACUGAGAUUAGGGAGGCAGCCAGGAGACUUUAAGAAGCCAGUGCUACUUGUGAUACAACCAAACCAAAUGGGGUGCUUUAUGCACUUUGGUGUGGACUGUGACUUCUGCUGCUUAAACCCUCUUGGAGAAAGGGGUGGCUGUAACAUGUUGCAUAGCAAAGUCCUACAAGUACAUCUGACUGUAAGGUGAUGAUUUGGCAGAUGUGCAGAAUAGAAUCAACAAUUGUGGAGUAUGCACAGUUUGAAAAACCCAUCCUGUAUUCUAAGCAGCUCUGAUAGACUGAACAUUGCUGAAAAUGGGAGGGAAAAAAAUACUAAUUUUAACUUCGUGUCAAACCUUUAUUUCCAGUUUUAGCUUCCUUUGCCCAAAGUUGUUAGUGCGUAUUGCACCUUCAUGUUUUCUUUGAUACAGGUUUACAAAGUAUUCUAUUGGUUCCUUUUCCGUGAAGUGUUUGCACUUAAUUUUAUCUCUCGGUGGCAUUGCACGUAACAGGCACCCAAAAAUAUCCCCAUGAUUGUCUCCAGAAACUUCCAACCACAGAUAUUGUUAAGCAAGAAGAUGUAAAUGUCAUUAUUUUUGCAGUGAAAAUAUUGUAUUAAAACAAGUUGUUGACUUUGAAA